AUGCAAUGUUGGUUGCGCCUUCGUAGACGAGUACCAUGCAAAUGUUUUCGCAUGGCGCUGAGUUUCACGACGACAACGAUAGCCGUUGAUCGUUUUAUAUUGUUCUGGUUUCAAAAUGUCCAUGUCCCUACUGCUGCUAAACGACUGCGUCUGUUUUCGUGGUUUCCUGCAAUUCCUUGGCUCACAUCGAUUUUCCUAACUGUUCAUAUGAACAUUGUUGGAUGUUACGCUAGAACAGAUCCGUUCACGCUCACCUACACUUACGAUUGCAGUGAAUGCGGUUUUUAUCGACCAUUCAUGUAUUAUCUGAACUUUUCACUUCCUGGAAUUACUAUUAUUUUAUAUUGUGCUAUAUACGCCAAAAUAUUGUUUCUACGAAAACCAUUCAGGGAUGUUGUUCGUUCAAGUGAAAGGAAAAAGGCAGUGAAUUUGGUGAUGCAAUGCUCGUUGAUAUCCGCAAUACAAUUCGCUAGCAGUGCAUGUUUUUAUGUGAUCCCGGCAGUUAUAAAUGGUGGAAAUACAGCACAAUAUCUGACAAUGAUCAUAUCAACGUUAAAUUCGAUGGCUAAUCCAUGUGUGAUGUUCGCGUUUCAGCCACGACUACGAAAAGCUUUACGGAAACGACCAUCCGCUUCCACUAAACUACCUGAAAUUACAGUGAAAGUGCAAUUUCAGGCAGGGAAUCAGAACAUUUCGUCAGGAGAAAAAAAGAAGUUUUAG